AGAANAAAAAAGAUUGUACAAUGGCCAAUACCUGUGAAAUGGCAACCCCAGUAGAGGCCCCAAAUGGAAUUACUCCCAAAGGGAAGCACUACUACACAAUGUGGCGUACCUUGUUCGAAAUCGAUGCUAGAUACAUCCCCAUAAAGCCCAUAGGCAGAGGUGCAUACGGCGUGGUUUGCUCGUCUGUCGAUCGGUUGACAAACGAGCGUGUGGCCAUCAAGAAAGUCAACAACAUAUUCGGUAAUCGGGUGGACGCGCUCAGGACUCUGAGGGAGGUGAUGUUGUUGCGUUGGGCAAAGCACGAGAAUGUGAUCGUUCUCAAGGAUGUGAUGGCGCCUGCCGAUUGGCGGGGCUUUAAGGACCUGUACAUGGUGUACGAGCUGAUGGACACGGACCUGCACCAGAUAAUUAAAUCCUCCCAGCCUCUGUCUAAUGAUCACUGCAAGUACUUCAUUUUUCAGCUUCUCAGGGGAUUGAAAUAUCUACACUCAGCCAACAUUCUCCACCGGGACCUUAAGCCCGGGAACCUCCUCAUCAACUCCAACUGCCACCUCAAGAUCUGCGACUUCGGGCUGGCCCGCACCAGCCGCGCCAAUGGCCGCCUCAUGACCGAGUACGUGGUCACUCGCUGGUACCGCGCCCCCGAGCUUCUCCUCUCGUGCGACAAUUACGGGACCUCCAUCGACGUCUGGUCCGCGGGCUGCAUCCUUGCCGAAAUCAUGGGCCGUCAGCCCAUUUUCCCGGGUAACGACUGCCUGACCCAACUCAGGCUCAUCAUCGGCAUUCUCGGAACCCGGCCCGAAUCCGACCUCGAGUUCAUCGACAAUGCCCGGGCCCAAAAGUUUGUGCAGUCUCUCAAUUUCUCGGGUGGGACCCGCUUUGCGUCACUGUACCCGCGCGCGGACCCUCUAGCGGUGGACUUGCUUGAGAGGAUGCUCGUUUUUGACCCGGCGAAGAGGAUAACGGUGGAGGAGGCCUUGUGCCACCCGUACUUGUCGGGCCUUUAUGAAUCGGGCCAUGAUGCGCCGGCCCAACAACGGGUGGAUGUGGAUGUGGAUGUGGAGGAGGGUGUUGGGGAGAGUGUUAUUAGGGAGAUGGUGUUGAGGGAGAUUCUGUACUACCAUCCUGAAGCUGCUUAUGGAUAUGGGAAUGUGCUGUAUUAAUAAUAAUAAUAUGUUUUUGGGCUGAGGGUUGUAGUUUUUGUUCUUAUGUAGUGAUUUUUGUCAUAGUAAGGGAAAUCUGCUGUUGGGCACUGUUAGGGUGUGUUGAGGCAGUUUUUUUCCUGGUAUUGAUUGUGGGUUGUAGCUCAUAUGGUCAUAUGUGUGUAAUAUUUUCGCCUGGUUUGUUUUUCGGCGUUUUUAGCUAAUAGCUGUUUCAACGGUUUUGACCGCCUGUCAAAAGGUGAAAUUUGUAUUUGUAUUUAUAGUUGUAUGUCAAAAGAUUGUGCUUAAAUAGUUAUAGUUAAUGUAACAUAAAGAAAAUGUUUCUAGUAAAUAAGUAUCAUUCUGAAGCUGCAUAUGGCAAUGGGAAUAUG